CGGGCGGGCCACACCCAUGCAAGCAGCUUAAUCAACGAGGCUCCAUCGCUGCCCACGAGUGGCUUCCGUCGUCCCCUAUAUAAAGGCUUAACCCCUGCUCGCAUCCAAGAACAGCCACAGCCAACUCUCCAUCACUGCAAGCUUGCGCGCGUGCACACGCCCAGCUAAUAAACUGCCACUCACAGCUCCCGCUUAGCGAAUUCAUUUGAACAGCUUGCCAAGCCAAGCCAAGCCAAGCCAUGCCGGCCUUCGCCGAGAGCGCGGCCGAGCCGCCGCUGGCGGACAGCUACCACGCGCUUCUUCGCCGGGCCGGCGCCGACGGCCGGAACAAAGACGCGCACUGUACGCCGACGGUGCAUGCCGAUCACGUUCUGCCUGCGCCCGAUAUGGCAGUGUCGGAGUGCGAGCUCCCGAUGAUCGACGUCGGGUGCCUGACGACGGGUGGCGGCAGCGCGGAGGAGCGGGCGGCGUGCGCGGCGGCGAUCGCGGGCGCGGCCGAGGAUUGGGGCUUCUUCCAGGUGGUGAACCACGGCGUGAAGCAGGAGCUCCUGGAGGCGAUGCGGCGGGAGCAGACGCGGCUCUUCCGCCUGCCGUUCGAGGCCAAGGCCACGGCCGGCCUGCUCAACCACUCCUACCGCUGGGGCACCCCGACCGCCACGUCGCCCGCCCAGCUGUCCUGGUCCGAGGCCUUCCACGUUCCACUCGCUGCCGUCUCCGGCGACCCGCCCUGCAACUACGGCCAACUCACCACCCUCAGGGAUGUGACGCAGGAGGUGGCGACGGCGAUGUCAAAGCUGGCCAACACGCUGGCGCGCGUGCUGGCUGAGAGGCUGGGUCACGCGGGGGAGCGGUUCCCGGAGGGUUGCGACGAGAGGACGUGCUUCCUCCGGCUCAACAGGUACCCGCCGUGCCCGCUCUCGCCGGACGCCUUCGGACUCGUGCCCCACACGGACAGCGACUUCCUCACCGUGCUCUGCCAGGACCAAGUCGGCGGCCUGCAGCUCAUGAAGGGCUCCCGCUGGCUCGCCGUCAAGCCCAUCCCCAACGCUCUCAUCGUCAACAUCGGUGACCUCUUCCAGGCAUGGAGCAACAAUCGAUACAGGAGCGUGGAGCACAAAGUGGUAACCAACGCGACGACAGAGAGGUACUCCGUGGCAUACUUCCUUUGCCCAUCGUACGACUCGCCCAUCGGCGCCUGCGAGGAGCCUUCCCCUUACAGGACCUUCACAUUCGGGGAGUACCGGAGAAGGGUGCAAGAGGACGUCAAGAAGACGGGGAAGAAAGUCGGGCUCCCCGGUUUUCUGCUGUAGAAUAUUGGUCUUGAUUGUUGCAUGGUGUAAUUAUAAACUACUACUGCAUACUAAUAUCAUGCAUGCAGAUUGUAGUAGUUUUCUUUUUGUCCAUGUCAAUAUAUACAUGUAUACACCGCUUGUGUAAUAUUAAUAGUGCAUCGUUUAUUUUACCUAA